ACCCGGAAGUGACAGUAAUGCGGAAGUAGAGAGACGAGCCCUGAGUUUUUGUUGUGCGUUUUUGAAGCUGUUGUUUUGUUUAAGAAUGAAACAUAAGUAGCAGGUAACAACGACACAGUUAAGGCUUCACAGUUUAAUCUAAAGAAGUGAAGUGUGACCGUCGUACCUGAAGCUCAAUGGCCGGAGGAAACUUACAGAAAGCUAUCGAUCUCGCCAGCAAAGCUGCAGCGGAGGACAAAGCCAAAAACUACGAAGAGGCCCUCAAAUGUUACCAGAAUGCAGUUCAAUACUUCCUUCAUGUUGUCAAGUAUGAGACGCAGGGUGAGCGAGCGGCGCAGAGCAUCAGAGCCAAAUGUAACGACUACCUGGACCGAGCCGAGCAGCUGAAGGAAUAUCUGAAGAAGAAGGAGAACGCUCCUCCGACCAAACCCGUCAAAGAGUCCGAUGACAAAGGGGAUGAAAGUGGUGAUGGGGACGACGCAGAGAAGAAGAAGUUCCAAAAUCAACUCUCAGGUGCUAUUGUAAUGGAAAAGCCAAACAUCAAGUGGGACGAUGUAGCUGGACUAGAAGGCGCCAAAGAAGCCUUAAAAGAAGCCGUGAUCCUUCCCAUCAAAUUCCCUCAUCUGUUCGUAGGAAAGAGAACUCCUUGGCGGGGGAUCCUUCUGUUUGGUCCUCCGGGAACAGGAAAGUCCUACCUGGCCAAGGCGGUGGCAACAGAGGCCAACAACUCCACCUUCUUCUCCAUCUCCUCCUCCGACCUCGUGUCCAAGUGGUUGGGCGAGAGUGAAAAGUUGGUGAAGAGCCUGUUCACUUUAGCCCGAGAACACCGGCCGUCUAUCAUCUUCAUCGACGAGAUCGACUCCCUGUGCGGCUCCAGGAGCGAGAACGAGAGCGAGGCGGCGCGCAGAAUCAAGACGGAGUUCCUCGUCCAGAUGCAAGGCGUUGGGAAUAAUAAUGAGGGAAUCCUGGUCCUCGGAGCCACAAACAUACCCUGGACAUUGGACUCUGCAAUCAGGAGGAGGUUUGAAAAGAGAAUCUACAUCCCUCUGCCCGAGGCGCACGCCCGCUCCUUCAUGUUCAAACUGCAUCUGGGCUCCACCCCCAACAGCCUGAUGGAGUCUGACUUCGUCACCCUCGGCCAAAAGACAGAGGGCUACUCGGGGGCGGACAUCAGUGUCAUCGUUAGAGACGCCCUCAUGCAGCCGGUCAGGAAGGUCCAGUCCUCCACCCACUUCAAAAAGGUUCGCGGGUCGUCGUGGAACAAACCCGACAUCGUGGUGGAAGACCUGCUGACUCCGUGUUCGCCGGGCGACCCCAACGCCAUCGAGAUGACGUGGAUGGACGUUCCUGGGGAGAAACUUCUCGAGCCAGUCGUGUCCAUGCCUGACAUGCUGAGGUCACUGACGAGCACCAAGCCGACGGUGAACGAGCAGGACUUGGACAAGCUGAAGAAGUUUACAGAGGAUUUUGGUCAAGAAGGCUAAUAAUAUCUACGCUCUGCUCUUUAAUAAGACUGCAACUCACCACUAUUUUCACUGUCAAUUAUUUUUGCGAUCAUUCGGUUAAUCUUGUGUGUCAAAGUGUCGAAAAAUGUCCAUCAAAAGUUACUGGAGCCCAAAGUUCUAAAGUUUAUUAAUUCGAUUAGCAGUCAAAGUAAAUGUUUGUUAAAGAUGUGACGCAAUGGAAAUGUGAGAUAAUAUUAAAGGGGUAGUUUGGAUGUUUUGAAGUGUGGUUGUAUGAUGUAGUUCUCCAUAGUCGGUGUAGUACUACAGUAGAUGAAGUUUAGAGAAACAGAUACGAGUACCAGCACACAGGAGCAAAGUGAUGUACUGUUGUGGACGCAUUCUGACACCUAAAAGAAUCAAUAUUAGUGAAGUGAACGCUAUAUUUUGAAUAUUUUCCCCUCUUUACCUGAAGCCGUUAACCUUUCUCCCUUUAAGCUACCAGACUCCAUUGACAAAAACAGUAUUUUUUCCUUGCAGACCACAGGAGACCCUGGUUUAUCUCUGCCUCCAUCAGUUGGUUUGUUUGUGUUAUUGUGUGACUUUGGUGAAUCAGAACUAACCAUUUUAAGACACCAAAGUCACACAAUAACACAAACAAACUAACCGAUGGAGGCAGCGUUAGACCGGCAACUCCUGUGUUCUGAGAGGUUAAAUUACUGUUUUUGUCAACGGAGUCUGGUGUCUUUGAAGAGAGCAUAGAUAACGGCUUCAGUUCCUUGUCAGAAAGGGUCGUCUUUGGGCAAGGUGAAGAGAUGAAAAUAUUCAAAAUAUAGCUUAAACUUAAACUGAUAUUGAUUCUUUAGGUGUAAAAUACGUCCACAGCAGUACAUUGCUUUGCUUUCCUGGUACUCCUGUCUCUUUCUCCAAAACUAAGUCUACUGUAGUAAUACACCGACUAUGUAGAAGUACCUCAUACAACAAGUCUUCAAAAAAAUUCAAAACUACCCCUUUAAGGAUUUAGUUCAAGAUAAAGUAGCUGAUUUUAUUGGAUAAUUGACCAAAAUCAAAUAAUCAUUUAAUCAACUACACUAUCAGAACUAUUUAUCAGUAAUUUAUCGAUCCACUGUUGCUCGUGUUUACAUCUUCAUAUCUCCUUUUACGUCUUGGUUUUAUUUUGCAUGUCUCAAACCAAAGUGAUAAUGAUCUUUAUUUUUUGGUUUAAAGGUCCCCAUCACUUUUCUAGAAUAUCUAUAAUAGAUGGUCAUGCUUCAGUGGGUAAAUGCAUAUUUUCAACACUACGUGCCUCUUAAUGUAGUCUUUAUUUUGCAAUGAACAAUAGUAGUAUGGGGUUGGCUUUCAUAAAUGGGAAUUUAGUCUGUCAAAUUUACUCCUUUAAACAUGUGAAUAACCUUUUACUGGUUAUUUUUGUUUUUCUAUACACAAAGUUAUCAUCACCAGCUUCAAAUGGGCCUUCUGGGUUUCUUUUGAGUAGCUAAAAUUAUACAAAAUAUCAUAAAAUAUUGUACAACGAUGCUUUUUAAAGCAUUAGUUAAUUCUGUCUAUGCAUAAAUCAUUUACACUUCUACAGUUUCAACUUUCAGACCCUGGUAGUCGGUUACUGUGUGAAUUACUUAUAUUUCCUGUCAAUAUGUUGCCUGAUAUCAGACAGAAGUGUGGUGGAUUCAAACGUCUGGUCCCAGUUCUGUUUAUAUGCUCAGUGGGGUUUCUUUUUGGGGGUUUACUUGCUACGUAAAUAAAACUUGUUGAGGUGGAGAUUUGCACUAUUGCUGUAUCCUACACGACAUGUUCUGUGAACGAACGUCUCAGGGUUAAAAAUAAACAACACAGA